AUGAAGCAAAUUGCUAGUGAAAUCCAAACCUUUUAUGCGCUGAAGAUGAAAAGGGAGGGAAUGCACUUCACUAUGCAUCAUCCAUGGGUUGUGUUUGGGAGACUCCCGCUUGACAAAUAUUGUGAUGAUGCAAGCAAACAAAAUAGAGAAGGCAACUUGCCUAUCCAUGUUGCAAGCAAAAAAGGCCAUGCUAAUGUAGUAAAGGAAUACAUUUCUAAGUACACUUAUCGAACGGAAUAUCUCGGCAACAAAGGGCGGGACAUCCUUCAUGUUGCGGCAGAGAUUGGAAAUCCUCGAUUGGUGAAGUAUAUCCUUGCAAAUAACAAGCUCCAAGCACUUGUAAAUACUAAGGAUCAGGAUGGAAGUACGCCUUUGCAUUUGGCAUCAAAACAUGGCCGACCUAUAACAACAUAUUUUCUAGACAACCUAGCGGAUCAAAAGAGUGACAAAAAUGCAGGGAAUCAAGAAGCAAAGGGGGGACUAACUUAUAUAGGAGUGAUGAUGACAUUGUCGAUCUUACAUUUCUUUGGUGACCGUGAAAAAUCCAGAGUAGAAUAUUUCGAUAUUCGGACCAGGCCUGUACCAAAAGAGGAAAUUAAGAGCAGGAUUGAGAUUUUUCUUGUGCUAGCUGUACUUGUUGCUAGUGUAACAUUUGCUGGUUUACUCCAGCUACCUAAAAGUGAAAGCCAGCUUGAAAGUCAAAUUUCUGACAUCACCACCUACAAUAUCCAAAAGCAGGGCGUAUCAGAAGAAAAUGAAGGCGAUCUGAGGAAUCUUUACAUUUAUUUUGACAUGCUUGCCUUGAGUUGGGCGGUCAUGGCGUCGAUAAUACUUUGUUGGUCUCAUUUAUAUGGUGCCAAAGUAGCCGAACUUGCAGUUUGGGUAGAAGCAAUAUCGACAGGUGUUGCUGUCUACAUGAUGUGGUUAGCGUUUGUCUUCGCCGUCGCUAUUAAUACCAGCAAAAGUUUUGGCUUCUUCAUCUACACCAUUCUCGUCGGAGGAGUUACAGAGUUCUAG